AUGCGUCUCCAUGGGAAGACCCUCGCCGUCGGCGGCUACGCAGUGCUUGCCCCCGCGGGCUGCGGCCUCGCCCUGCCCGUGAGGUCUGCCACCAUGGACGUUAUCGUGUCUGUGGGCCCCGGGCGCCGCGGAUUCAUCACACUUGUUCUCCCCCGGGCUGCGUCGUCUAUCACAGUCGAGAUUCCUGCUGAGAAGACCGAUCUUUAUACCGCAUCGGACCCCGAGACCGCUUUUGUCCGCACAGCCUGUCUUGUACUCCUAGCAUACCUACGCACAAAACAUGAUAGAUUGGAAAUCACAGUGAGGACAUCGGAGUCAAGGCCACCUGGCGCAAAGCUGGGAAUAGGAUCAUCAGCGAUGGUAACUGUUGGUACAAUUGUGGAGCUCGCUAGCUGCAUCGGUGCCGAGCUCAGGGGAGCAGAGACCUUUGUCCUGGCCCACUUCAGCUGCCUAUUGGUCCAGGGUCAGUCAAGCGGGUACGACGUUGCUUCUGUACUAAGUCAAGUGCCAAUAGUUUACAGGCAAAACGGUCAAUAUCACUCAAAAGUGUGUGAAUUGGCCCACGCUGCACGGUCAGGCUCGUGUCUGUCUGCUCUCAUGCCCCAGUUGCAGAUACUAACCCAUGGAGAUGAGCUUCCCAAGGCGCUGUCAGUGUCGCUUCCACAGUUCCACUUCUACCUACUCAAGCCCCAACACAAACUCGAUAGAGGUACCUCCACGACAAAGCAGCUGCAAAAGCUUACAUCAACGUAUGGGAGUACACAGUCAUAUGAGCAUUUAAUAAAGGCAUCGGAGAUCCUGAUAAAUGCCCUCGUUGCCCAGAAGAGCUCAGUCGAGGAUAUUCGGAAACAGCUGCAAGAGUACCGGCAGGCUCAAAAGUCCUUCUCUACAGAGAACGGAGUAGAGAUAGAGCCCAAGGAGAUAUCAGAUCUUAUCGAGCUGCUGAUGGCCAAGGAUAGGGUUGUGGGUGCUAUGUGUGUCGGAGCAGGAGGAUAUGAUGCAUUCCUUUGCAUAACAGCAUCCGCUGUUACAGACAAUACCUUCGAUGGAUACCUAACAAUUGAGAUCGCUAUGUGA